AUUAGUAAAUAUCGUAAAGGCAGAUGUAGUAGGGGGUGCAAACCAGACGGAACAAAACUCGGUUUUGGAAGAUAUGGCACUCAAAGUUGUAGAGCUGGGCGUCUUUCAUAUCGAGCCAUUGAAGCAGCGCGUCGGGCUAUAAUCGGACACUUCCAUCGUGCUAUGAGCGGACAAUUCCGAAAAAAUGGUAAGAUAUGGGUAAGCGUUUUCGCAGAUAUCCCUAUUACCGGGCAACCUACAGACGUAAGAAUGGGAAGAGGAAAAGGAUAUCCUACGGGUUGGAUUGCUCGUGUGUCCACGGGACAAGUCCUAUUUGAAAUGGAUGGUGUGACUUUGUCAAAUGCUCGACAAGCCGCUACAUUAGCGGCGCAUAAACCCUGUUCGUCAACCACGUUUGUUCAGUGGUCGUAACGUAAUUGGUUAGUGGGAAAAACCAGGCCGGGAUUCAAAAGAUUUAGGAUUAAGUUAGUGUUCAGUGAGCUCGAGAUAGCUGCCUGAGUCUUGGGGGCAUUAAUGAACACAAGUCCCAUGUCUUUCUUGGUUGGUAAACCCAACCGGCGCUAUCUUACAGCAGUGCUUGAUGCUUUUGAUCAAUAGAGCAGGAAGAGGUUACAUAGAAGAGGUUACAUAUGAUGAAAAAAAUGAAUAUCUUGCUUUUUUAAUUUUAAUGAUGCCCACCUUUUAUAUGGACGACGUGGGCGCCAGCUCACAGUCGUCCUUGCCCACUGUAAACCCCGAGCCCCCAGAGCCUCACCCGGACCCUGACCUUUCCCUUCCUUUACUGGAUGACAACACUCGUCGCGCCGAACUAGAUGAGCGCGCGGGGUUUCAUUUUGUGGAGUUGUCGGAAGAUAAGAAAGACAAAGUGCUAAAGGCACAAGUCCAAAUCGAAAGGGCCAUUGAGAAAGCUCUGCUCUCCGACGGGUAUUCCCGGGAUGAGCUUUCUCAAAGGAACAAACGAGAUGAGAUUCGGGCCUUUUUGUUCUACCCGAAGGGGAAACUUCUGUCGAUCAAAACAUACGAGUCUUAUGUGAAAGAAGUUGAAUUUGGGACCCACCGUAGCCAACCCUAUAAGGUUCUUAUAAAAGCCAUCUCUUCUUCCCAUCUUUUUUUACAGAAAGUCAAAAAAAUCAAGAGGUGGGAACGGGGGUGAAACAGAUUGGGCUCACAGAAUACUUCAGGGCUGGAGUGAAGAGCCACGCACCUGUCAGGAACUGUAUAAAAAAGGACCGAGAACUACAUAAGGUCUGAGACGGACUUCCUUGAAAAGAGGGAGACAAGUUAUGUAGGCUGUGGCCGUUCCGCGGUUGCUCGACCAAAGCCGGUCAAAGAAUUCUAUGCCUGGCCAGAAGCCAGAAGUGAAGUGAGCCUUACCAGCCAGAAGCCGAAGGAAAAUGAGACUAGCUAAGACGAGGGAAAGAGCGGCUAGCUGAUAGAGAUGGCAGAGCUCCUUUUUCACUAAGAGCUGCAAAGGCGAAUACCACUACCUUAGCUCCCUCCUUUGCUGAUAGAGCGCCAUAAAUCGGAUGCAGGGGGCCUAACCUAAGAAGAUCGGCAGAGGAGAGAUGGUUGAUAGCUUAGGUUUAGCAACUAAAUUGGGGAUGGGGAGCUCCUUUCAUAAUAUUGUAUAAUAAUGACAAGGCAAAAGAUAUGGGCUGAGUCUAGCUUGGGACGAGGCUUAGAGAAAGGUAGUUUGCGAGAGAGAUGGCCAGGCAGUUCUUAAGAUCAGCAACUCGGCGGAUAGAGAGCUUGAGCCCAAUGCAAUGG